GUCUCUUAUUAGAAUUAUGAGAACCUAUUUAGUUUGUGGCUAAUUUUACUAACCGUCAUUUGGCUGAUGAAUUUGAGGUUAUGUUACUAUUUAUAGGGAAUGAAAUAUUCGAGAGAUUAGCGACCUAUGGAUUGAUGGCGAACUUCAUGGUGUAUCUGGAAAAAGAGUACCACAUGCACCAUGUGCCAGCAGCCACCAUCCUCAUCAAUUGGAGUGGUGCAAGCAAUUUUGCCCCUAUCAUUGGUGCCUACAUCUCCGAUGCCUAUGUUGGCAAAUUUGGGACCAUCGUCUUCAGCUCCCUCUCAUCUUUCUUGGGAAUCAUAAUCAUGACUUUAACUGCCAUGGUACCUGCAUUACGUCCUCCGCCAUGCACACUUGAGAAGCAACACAGCAUAUGCAAAGACUACACUACCACCCAAAUCAGUGUUUUAAUCCUACGCCUGUGCUGUUCAUAUAUUGGCACUGGUGGAACCACGCCAUGUAGCGUUCCCUUCAGCCUCGAUCAGUUUGAUUCAACAACUGAAGAAGGAAGAAAAGGAGCAAGAAGCUUCUUCAAUCUAUACUUCACUAGCCAAGCAAUUGUCUUAGUGGUUGCUCAAGUUGUCAUCGUUUACAUCCAAGACAAAGUUAGUUGGGCCAUAGGAUUUGGCGUACCUACUUUUGCCAUGCUCUAUGCAGUCAUUCUAUUCUUGAUUGGGAGGAAAAUAUAUGUAUUAGUGAAGCCAGCAGGAACCAUAUUUUCUGGUAUUGCACAAGUCUUUGUUGCAGCUUACAGGAAACGCAACCUUGAUCUUCCAAAUGGUGCACAUGAUAACCGGUGCUUGAACAAAGCGGCUCUAAUUAUGGAUAGCAAAUUGGACUCUGAUGAUUCCUUGAUAAAUCAAUGGAGGCGUUGUAGUGUCCAACAUGUUGAAGAUGUUAAAUGCCUGCUAAACGUCAUCCCGAUAUGGCUAACCAUGGCUGCCAUCACAAUAUGCCUUCCAUUGUAUGACCGAUUACUAGUUCCAGCACUAGAGAAAAUCACGAACCAAGAAGGAGGGUUCACGUUUCUCCAAAGAAUAGGAAUAGGAAACAUGUUCGCAGUUCUAAAUUUGCUCGUUUCAGGAUUUGUUGAAAGAAAGAGAAGGGAAUCGGCAAUAUCCUAUGGUACACCUGAUGGUGUUGCACCCAUGUCAGUCAUAUGGCUAGCUCCGCAGCUUAUCCUACUCGGUUUUGUGGAGAUGUUCGGUAUUGUUGGAUUGAUCGAGUUCUAUAACAAGCAAUUCCCUAACCACAUGAGGAGCAUCGGGACCUCUCUCCUCUAUUUGAGCCUUUCCCUAUCAAGCUAUUCUAGCAGCUUUGUGGUAAAUGUUGUGCAUAAGGAUUGUCACUUUUGAAUUUUAUUUUCUUUUUGCUGUGUGCUCGAAAGUACAAUUGUAAAGAAGUGCAAAAGCAAUGUAAGGCAGAAUUUGAGUCAGGGAAUUGCUUUCUAUAUGGAAAAAGGGAGGAGUGUAAAUUGGGGGCUAAGAUUCAAGCUUUCCACGAAAACACUAGGUUGCUACAAUUGAAUGAUUUCUUUAGAGUUAUGUACAAUAAAAAAAACUCAUUUUA